AUGUUCCUGGGCUGGAUCUUAGUUCUGAUCGUAGACGAGUGCAUCGCCCUCUCCCUAGGCGAGCUCGCCUCUCGCUAUCCCACCUCAGCAGGCCCCUACUACUGGUCCUUUCAACUCGCCCCUCCCCGCUUCCGCACCGUCCUCUCUUUCGUCACAGGAUGGACCUGGCUGAUAGGCAACUGGACAAUUACUCUCUCGGUCAACUUUGGGUUUGCCUCCCUCAUCGCCGCCUGCGUGGCGCUGUACCACCCUGAUUUUAUCAUUGAGCCGUGGCAGUUGCUGCUCAUCUUCUACGCGAUCUGCGGUAUAACGUUUUUGAUAUGCGCUUACGGGAAUAGGUUGCUGCCGGCGGUUGAUACCGCCUGCGCGGCGUUUACUGCCGUGGCGAUUUUGGUGACGCUUGUUUGUUUAUCUGCCAAGGCGGAGGUGGGGAGGAAUGAGGUGGGGGAGACGUUGGGGGGGUAUGAUACCAGUUUGAGUGGGUGGGGGGGUUUCAGCUUCUUCAUCGGGGUGUUGCCGGCGGCGUAUACGUUCAGUGCCAUUGGGAUGGUGUCGGCCAUGGCGGAGGAGUGUGAUGAUCCGGCGGUCAAGCUGCCGAGGGCGAUUGCGCUUUGUGUGCCGGUUGGGGGGGUUGCUGGGCUUUUCUUCAUCAUCCCUAUAUGCGCCACCAUGCCGGCCUUGGAAUACAUCCUCGACGCCCCCGUCGCCCAGGCUUUGCCUUACAUCUUUGCUGCCGUCAUGGGCUCCCCCGCUGGGGGCUUGGGACUGAGCAUCCUCGUCCUGAUCAUCACGUUCUUUUGCUCCAUCUCCAUCACCGUCGCCGCGUCGCGUUGCACCUGGGCGUUCGCCCGCGACAAGGCCAUACCUGUCUCGAGACUCUGGAGCAGGGUUGAUGCCCGCCACGGGGUGCCCAUCUGGGCUCUGGCGCUGACGACAGUUGUUCAGAUGCUGCUCGGGCUGAUCAACCUUGGGUCGUCGUCUGCCUUCUUGGCGUUCGUCUCUGUGGGCGUGAUAUCACUUGCCGUGUCGUAUGCGAUUCCGAUCUCGAUCAGCAUGCGGCAUCGCCGGAGGGAGGUGAAUGCCGCGCGGUGGACGAUGGGGGCGAAGGUUGGGUGGGUGGUGAAUGUGAUUGCCGUGUUGUGGAUUGUGUUUGAGACGGUGCUGUUUUCGAUGCCGCAGGUGUUGCCGGUGGAUGAGGUGACGAUGAAUUAUGCGAUUGUGGUGUUUAUGGGGUUUAUGGUGUUGAGUGCGGUUUGGUAUGGGGUUUAUGCGAGGAAAGUUUAUGUUGGGCCUCCUGAGUCGGAUGGGAUUAAAGUUGAGAGGUGA